AAAGACCAAAUAUCACCCUGGUUUAUAGACGAAUUACUGUCUUCAAAAUUAGGUCACAUGAUGUUAUUCGAGAAUUUAUUCAAGAUGGCGGAUGGUGGGCGAAAAAUAUUUUUCACAAAUUCAGCAGAAAAAUGCUGAUAAAUGCUCACAGAGUACAGUUUUAGCGAUAAGAUAUAGAUAUUGAGGAUGUCUGGUGGUGCCACAAGAGUCAGACAUGUUAAUCUUGUGACGCAACAACGUAGACUCCGUCACGUACGAGGCAUAGCUGCCAGAAACCUCGACCUAGGACAUGUACAGAAGAUAACGGGUGAACCAAUACCGAAUAUCAAGAACUUUUUUACACUUCAUUUGGAUGACAGUUCACCAGCUUUUUACACCAGUGAGAGGAUUCAAGGAUCACAGAACCCGACAUGGAAAAGUUUGGAACUUGGUCGUCUAAGAGAUUCCGUCAACACUUCUGCUUCACAUUUGAUAAUCAAAGUGUGGAGUGAAGUGAAAGAUGUCACCCUACAUUUGGUCCUAGAGUGGAAAGUCCACCUAUCAGGUCUUGUCUACCUGGGUGAUCAGCUCCACUCUGAGAGUCAGUCCUAUCCUGUUAAUAGCCUGGUAUUUGGAAUGUUUGAUGGUUACUAUGGUGCUCCUUCUGGAACUGAAGAGCCCGAAUUGGACAUCUCCCAGUGUAGCCUUGAGGUGGAAAAUAAUGUCUGCAGGACAUCAUAUAAUACUAGUUCACUAUCAAGAAUUCAGAUGGUGCUUCGUGCAAUAACUCAAACCCAAGCAUCUGUAAAACGUGUUAGAUCUAAUAUAGAAGAUAAGCUACUCUUGUCACAAGCUAAUGAAGAAAAGACAGCAAAUCGGGAGCUGUACUUGCUAAAAGUUCACCAGCUACGAUCAGACCUAGAAUGGCGAACGAUGCAUUUACAAAGUCUAAAAGAGCAAUACGAGCAGAGGCAAUCAACCAAUCAUCAACGAGACGUAGCAGUACGAAAUAAAAAUGAAAGUCUUCAAAGAGAUAAAGACAGAUUGCACGAUAAGAAAAAAGCAUAUUUUGAUACAAGGGAAUCGUUUCUGAAAUCGAACGCCCAGUUAGCAGUAAGAAGAAAACAGCUUGUUUCUGAAUUAGCCUUCAUAUAUCCCAUAAUCGAGACACCCAAUGUUGGAUACACUAUAUGUGGUGUAAAAUUGCCUCAUUCUGAAAACUUCGCAGGUCAAGAUGAAAUGAUGGUGUCAGUAGCUCUUGGUUAUUCAGCACACAUGGUCCAGAUGAUAGCAGAAUUUAUAGAUACCCCACUACGCUAUGCCAUAGAACACAGGGUUUCUAGAUCUCGGAUAAGGGACCAUAUUAUAGAUAAAUUACUUGAUAAAGAUAGAGAUUUUCCCCUGUACAGUAAAGGCAAAGACAAGUUUCAGUUUAACUAUGGUGUUUUCCUACUCAACAAGGACAUUGCCCAGUUACGUUAUGCAUGUGGUCUCUCCACACCUGACCUUAGGACAACAUUACCAAAUAUUAAGAGCCUAUUAGAAUAUAGACUUGGAGUAAAAUU